AUGGGUUCUUUGUUCGGAGGUGGUGGUCUUGGGGCCUCAACAACCCCCAAACCUAGCCUUUUUGGGUCCACCAAUACAACCAGUGCCUUCGGCAAUACGACAGCUGCACCUGCUGCACCUGCUGCACCUGCUGCAUCUGCUCAGCCCUCUUCCCUCUUUGGCCAAUCCCAAGCUCAGUCGCAGCCGCAGCCGCAGCCGCCCGCCCAGUCUUCCAUCCUAGGGCAGACCCAGCAACCGGCCAAGAAUCCCCAAGAGCAGUCGCAAAUGUCGGCCCAAACAACCAAGCCAGCAUUCUUCAAUAGCCUUUUAGAGCGUGGGAAAAAGCGACCACUGUCGGCCACCGCCCAGAAUGGAAACUUUGAGGAUGUGCCCAGUCUUCAAUUAGGCCUGGAUGAUAUUCGCAGGAAGGCGCGAGAGCUGGGCACAUCUGGGGGUAAAGACUCCCAGCAGAAUAGUGCGACGACAAAGGCUCAUUAUCUUCUUGCGUCAUCUGGUAUCGCGCCUGGACGGACGCUCCGAGACCUUCGCUCUUUAGACCCCCAGGCCUCUCUGGCAACGACAAGAGAACCGGACACUUUCGACCCAGACAAUCAGAGAUACUUGAGAAAUAUUCAACAGCGUGGCCGGCAGGUGAUGAUUGCAGAGAGUCUAUCGCGAGCUCAAAGAGAUUUCGAUUCCUUUUUGGAGGAGAAAGUGGAUAUGGACUGGGAAGAGCAGCGGCAGAACAUCUUCCAACAUUUCGGCCUCGCGCAAAAAGACGGCUCUCAUGGGGCAAGCCUGAAACCUACAAUGCGGGGUGGUGCCUUUGGUCGAUCAGCGAGGCAAUCCAAGCAAGGCGGCCCCGCUGCAUCCCGUAGAAGUGUAUUUGGUCGUUCUGGUCUUGAUAAAUCAGUCAUUGGAACUCCUGGUGCCGGCCUCACAAGUCGGCAGCUGUUCGAAGACCCAGCAGAGCGCAGCGAGGGACUUACUGCGCCGUCUCCAGAUCUUCGGUUCUUGCGAGAGAAGAUGGGGCACUAUGCCGAGAAAGUCCAGGAGUUGAAUCUUGUUCGGCUCCAGGGGCGAACUUACCCAGUACUCCACCAGUUUUCUGAAGUUGAAUUGCAAACCGGCGGUGAUGCCCCACGCCAACUCUUUGACGCUUACCAAGCUUUGGUGAACAUCGUUCGCGAGAGCCCCAGCAUUACCGGUGCCUCGGACCGAGAUGCGGUGAAAGAACGUCAGUACGCUACAGACUAUCUGGAGGAAUCAAGCAAGUCCCGCAAGGCCAUCAAUCUUAAGAAGCAAAUUCUGGAAGGGUCGAGGGGAUUUCUGGAGAGAAUGUUCUACACUGAGGUGGAAACCCUCAUUACCAAAAAUCCACGCGAAGCUCAACUGGGUGGUAUUCCGACUGUGACCAACAAGAUCCGGGCGUACAUCCGCCUUCGCGCUGCCAGAAAAGAUCUGGCACCCGAUGGAACCGAACUGCAGAUGAAUGGACAGGAUUACUGUUGGAUUCUGAUCUUUUACCUUCUAAGAUGCGGUUUCGUUAAGGAGGCCGCUGAAUACGUCAGCCAAGAUCCAGGAUUCCGGUCUCUGGAUCACAAAUUCGUGACUUACAUGACCACUUAUGCUCAAGAUUCGCGUCUCAGCCGGGAAAUGCAGCAGAAAAUCAAUGGGGAAUACCAGCAACGCUCGCGGAAUGCCCCUGACAAUACUGUUGAUCCUUACCGCAUGGCAUGCUAUAAGAUCAUUGGUCGUUGUGAUCUUUCCCGCCGUCGUCUGGAUGGCGUGAACCAGACCGUUGAAGACUGGAUGUGGUUGCAAUUCAGCCUCGCCCGGGAGGAUGAUCGAGCCGAGGAAGUCGCAGGUGACGUUUUUGGGCUGGAGGACAUUCAGACAGAUAUCACGGAGAUCGGUCAACGAGUGUUCACUAAAGGCCAAGAUGCACCUGGUGGUUAUGGAACAUUCUUCCUUCUUCAAAUCCUGGGCGGCAUGUUUGAGCAGGCUGUGGCGUACCUGGGCAGUUACUCACCUGUUACUGCGGUGCACUUUGCCAUCGCACUGGCAUACUAUGGUCUUCUGCGUGUCUCCGAUUUCUAUGCCUCUGGGGAAGAAAUUCUUUCUUUCACUGUGAAGCAGUACCCGCAAAUUAACUUCGGAUAUCUUAUCACUCAAUACACGCGAGAAUUCCGUACUGGAUACGUCGAGGCUGCCAUUGAUUACUUUUCGUUGAUCUGUCUCAACGCAGACCUUCCGGGCUCGCUUGGUAAAUCCCAGGCAGCGGUCUGUCAUGAGGCCUUGCGCGAGUUCAUUCUUGAGACUCGUGACUUUGCCAAGUUGCUGGGCGACAUUCGAGCCGAUGGGACAAGAAUCACGGGUAUUAUUGAGCAACGCAUUGAGCUGAUCAAUUUGACAGACCAGGAUGACUUCCUGAAAAACAUUACGGUGCAAGCGGCAGGCGUGGCAGAUGACAAGGGUCUGAUCACUGACGCGGUCCUCCUCUACCAUUUGGCAGAGAAUUAUGAUCGUGUGAUCGACAUAAUCAAUCGCGCUUUGUCAGAAUCAAUUGCCGUUGAGCUGGGCGGUAUCAUGCCAAAGUUGCAACCUCUUCGUCCACGAGUCGAGCAGGGUCAAAAUGGCCAGUCCACCGAUCAGUCCGGCGCCACGGCGCCUGGAAGCAGUCUGAGUCUGACGACUGUCGAUGACCCAGUUGUUUUGGGCAAGAACAUGAUCCUUCUUUACAACUCCAAGCCAAUGUACUACGAUAAGAUUCGCCCCGUCAAUCGGGAUGCUUGUGGACUCCUUCUCUGCAUGAUGGAAGCGAAGAUCGAAGUGGAAGCUGGCCGAUGGGCCCCAGCCCUCGAUGCCAUUGACAAGCUUAACGUUCUUCCGUUACAAGCUCGAGGCUCUAUGCAGUUCAUUCGGAGUACAGCCCAGUCUUUCUCGGCUCUCCCAGAAAUCAUCUCCCGCAACAUUGGCCAUGUGAUUAUGUGGUGCAUAGCAUGCAUUGGCCAUGAGCGUCACCGCCAGACCUCGGGUCCCUAUGAUACUGAUAUGCACCAAGGAUUCGCGGAGCAGCUUUUGGGUAUGGCUAAGGAUCUCAUGGUCUUCUCCGGUAUGGUGAAAUACAAAUUGCCUCCCAAGGUCUACGAGGCAUUGGCUCGAGCGGGAGCCGAUAUUGGAGCCUUCUGA